AUGAUGAUAAUGAUUUCAAGUGUCUCAGCGCACACUCUGUCGACACAGAAUCACAGCAGUGGUGCUACGUUGUCAGGAGUGUCUCGUGCCGAUGCCGAAUUAUGUGGCUAUUCAGAAGAAUGUGGCUUUGUUCGGUUCACGUAUGUGAUGCUUGGAAGUGCCAUCGCUGCAUGUGGUUGUAUUUUUAACGUCAUCCUCAUUUUUGCACUGAAAAGGAAGACGAAGCCGGACGUCCCACCAACGUUAUUCCCUGUCGUUUUAGCUCUCCUCGAUGCGCUGAUCUGCUUUUUCUACAUUUUCUUGUUCGGAGUGGAUGCUGCUGCUAUUUAUUUGCACCAUGCGGUUCGACUUUUCUGA